CGCGGCGAUCCCGACGAACCCCGCGACGCGCAUAGCGCGGACCGCUGGAGUGGCGGCCGCUUGGCGUGUGGCUGCGUGUCUCUGUUGGCGGCCGGAGGUGACGACCCGGGUUCGACAUGGAAGUGAAGGAUGCCAAUUCUGCGCUGCUCAGUAACUACGAGGUGUUCCAGUUACUGACUGAUCUGAAAGAGCAACGGAAAGAAAGUGGAAAGAACAAACACAGUUCUGGGCAACAGAACUUGAAUACUAUCACCUAUGAAACGUUAAAAUACAUAUCAAAAACACCGUGCAGGCACCAGAGUCCUGAGAUUGUUAGAGAAUUUCUCACAGCAAUGAAAAGCCACAAGUUGACCAAAGCUGAAAAGCUUCAGCUGCUGAAUCACAGGCCUAUGACUGCUGUUGAGAUCCAGCUGCCGUGUGCUUUGCAAGCGAGAAGAAAGAUGUGUGUGGCGUGCCCUGAGACUGUCUGUUCUUUUCUCCUUUUCGCAGAUGGUGGAGGAGAGUGAAGAACGGCUCACAGAGGAGCAGAUCGAAGCCCUCCUCCACACCGUCACAAGCAUUCUGCCUGCUGGGCCAGAGGCUGAACAGAAGAAAAACACGGAUGACGUGACGAUGGAUGAAGAGGACCCAGCAUAGAGGAGCACAGCCAGCCCGACCGCCUCAUGAAACUGAAAAACCCAGCAGCCAUUUCCCAGCCAUUUCAUUUCUAUCCCAACAGGCCUGAUAUCGUGGUUGGUUGGAGAAAUCACAAAAAUAAGCUAAAAAGAAGUACUUAUGCCUCUGGGAGAUGAAACAUGGUGAAGACAGACUGAGGCUUUCAGGGCAGAGAGCUGAAGAGAGGAGGACAGAGUCAAAGAGGACAAUGACUGUGCAGCCCUCUGUGGUAAAAAUACUUCUUCUGUGGCCUUCGCCACAGUUGUGGGCAGGGCCCCGUACACAGCUGGUGAAUACUUGUGUUGCCUUUGAUGGGCUGUGUCCUAAUUAGUUUCAUCUGCUUCCCUUGGAGCUUUCCCAAGCAGGGGUGCUGAGCGCUGUUGGGGUGAGAGCUGAGUGAGGAGAAUCCGGUUAGAUGGCUAGAAACUCCCAGAGCAACACGUAGUAGUUGCCCUAGGUUAGAAUGAGCCACUGAGCUUGGCUCACUGUAGAGGAAUCCUUUCCUCGAGAACAUCAAAGAUAAGAGCGGCCUGGCCAACCAACCCUUCAUCAGGUCUGAAGCCUCCUUCCCUCUGCUGGCAAGGGUGUUGUUGACCAGCUCACUGUUUAGUUGGAAAUGUUAGGGCACCAGCCCAUACCAGGUGCAAAGCAGCACAGCAGGCUGCGUGGCGGAGGCAAUGGAAGUACAGCGUCGGCCACCUUUCUGACCCCCUGCGGUUUCCUGCCCUGAGACGGGAGCCCUGGGCACACACCACCUCUUGAGGCCAGGUGAGCUUCACUUGCACAAGGGGCAGAUUGUCUGCAUCUUUUGAAAGGGCGCAAAUAGGGACCGAAUAUGAAGAACCAGAGGUUGGUUAAUAAGAAUUUGAAUUUGUUGGCUAUGGCAAGGUUGCUUCAGUUGUCCAGUUUCAAAUAUUAGGAUAAUUACCAUGUGAAGAGCUUGUUGAUAUUGAGGCUUUAGAGAGUUCAGUAGCUCCAGACGUGUGGUUGCCUUUGGGCCUGGGAAGAUUGCUAAAAAUUAAUUUCCUACAUUUGCCCUGCUCCCCAUUUGGGGAAGAAAAUGCCCACAGACAUUAAUUUUCCAAAUCAGUAUUCGUUUUGUUGUGAGAUUACAUAUUUUCGGUGCUAUUAAUUGGAUUACUUCCCAUGCCCUUGCAGUUACAAGAUUAUUUCAACCUCCCCACCACCCCUGCCAGUUACAGUUAUGUCAUUCUUAACCUUAUCAUCUGAGGAUCAGCUGAGACCUGUUUACAGAAAACUGGAAUUCAUGAGGCAUUUGUUUUUAAAUCUCUCUUCGGUAUUGGGAGUUUUACCAAGAACUGUUGAUUUAUUUGUCAAGGCAUCGUACGGGGGUACCUGUGUCACUGUUUCGUUUUAACCUUGAGUGUAUUCAGUGCAUUUUCUUAAUGGAUUAAUCUAGUUAAUAAUACAUUGUUUCCAAGUGACCGCCAAUUUUUGGUAUUUUUAUAAAUCUUUAAAGCGUUUGUUUUGCCAUGGAUGGAAAAAUAAAAUCUGACUUAAAAGGUAAAA